AUGCAAUUCUCUACCAUCGCUUCUCUUGCUGCUAUCGCUUCUGUUGCUUCUGCUGCUUCCAAUGUCACUACUGCUACCGCUACUGAAAAGACCACCACUCUAGUCACCAUCACAUCUUGUGAAGACCAUGUCUGUGAAGAAACCGUUUCUCCAGCUUUGAUCUCCACUGCUACUGUCACCAUCAACGACAUCAUCACUGAAUACACCACCUGGUGUCCAAUUGAAGCUUCUGAAUCUGCUGCUGAAAACAAGACCAAGUCUGCUGUUUCCACUGCUGCUCCAGUCACCACCACCACUUCUAUCGCUGCUCACACUUCUGUCGAAGCUAAGGUCGAAUCUACUACCGAAUCUGAAUCUACUGUCACCAAGACCGUUCAAGCUUCCAAGACUAUUAAGGUUUCCUCUCUAGCCGUUCAAACCGUUGCUUCCUCUACCCACACUGUUGCUUCCUUCACUGGUGCUGCUAACAAGGCUCUACCAGCUGUCGGUGCUCUAAUUGCUGGUGCCGCUGCUCUAUUGAUCUAA